AUUUAUAAUUCCCUGUUAAUUAAUUAUUACAUUUGAUAACAAAAAAUUUCUAAUCAAUCGUUCUACCGAUAAUGUAGAUUGUUUUUCUUGAGACUAUACAUAAACAUGGCACUUGCCGGACGAUAUUUGUUCAAUUUUAGUAAAAAAAUAGUAUUUUGUCAACCCUUUCGGCUAAUAUCAGUCACUCCAGUGAAUAAUCUUAAAGAAAUUAUUGAAAGGAAAGAAGGAAAAACUUUAAUUUUAGAAGCGAAAAUCGUUCAAGAUCCUAAAGAAGCUAGAUUGCUCAAACCAAAUGAAAAUGGAGCAUGCCCACUUUGUGCUGCUGGAAUAGAUGUUAAACAUACUGAUGUUUUAAUUCUUAGUCAGUUUUUAAGAUCUGAUGGAUGUAUGUUACCUCGAAGAGUUACUGGCUUAUGCUGGAUUCAGCAAAAAAGAGUUGAGACAAUGGUGAUAAUGGCGCAUAGAGCAGGUCUAUUGAAAUUCCCUCCUUUUGCUAGGAAAGAUCCUGCAAGAAGAUUAGGUUUUAACACAUGGUAUGAUGAAGACACUAUAGAGUGGAAAUAUAAAGCCGCUGAAUACAGACAUUAAUUUAUUGAAAAAAUAUCAUUUGAUAUACCAAUAAACGAUAAAAGCAUUUCUUAUUA